AACCUUGUUCUUCUCUCUCAAAACAACACCUUUAGAAAACUCUUCUAUCAAAACUUUAAUUUAGUUUCAUUAUUAUUAUUUUUUUUUUCUUUUUUGUUGCAUGAAUCACACCGUUUUAUAUAUUCACGCAGAAAAGUAGAGCAAAAUCAUAUUGUCAAAAAUAUGGUAGAUUUUCAAGAAUUUCCAUGGGGUUUCUCCAUUGUUUCUCUUGUUAUUUACAUCCUUGGCGCCCUCAGAAAGGCCAUAGCCAUGGCCUCCCUAUGCCUCAACUCUCCUCUUUCUUCUCCUUCUCCUCAUCCUCUUUCAUGGGUCGGCCAACUUUUUCUCCAACAAGGAGCUGCUGGCUCUUUUGUUUCUGAUAAUUCAGAGAGCCGGCAAGAGAAUCAUAACAUUAAACAUUCUCUAGAAUCUACACAAACUUUGCAUGAUGAUAAAAGUUCUCAAGAAAAUCCCUGUGUUUUAGAUGGGAAAGUUAUGCAAGAAAAUGUUGUUAUGAGCGAGGGGCCAGUUUCUGCUCCUGCAGACAGUGGAAAGGGGGGUAUAAGGUUGAGGAAGAGGCCGGCAAGGCUUGUUGUGCCUGACAAUUAUUCGAACAUAGGAUUGAAGAAUGAAAUGGAGAGGAACAAUAAUAAGUUAGAGAGAACGGAGUUUGAGCUUGAAGGAAGAGAUUUUAGUUUGGUUAGUAAGAAAGGAAGAAGAGAGGCUAUGGAAGACGCAUAUGGAGUCAUGGUUGAUAUUCUUGGAGACCCUAAACAGGCAUUUUUUGCUGUAAUUGAUGGGCAUGGCGGCCGUGCAGCGGCAGAUUAUGUGGCUGAAAAUUUAGGAAGAAAUAUAGUGAAAAAGCUGAGAAAUGAUGGGGAAACAAAUGCAAAAUUGGAAGAUGCAAUUCGGGAAGGCUACCAGAUUACAGACACAGAGUUCCUUAGUAAGGGAAUUAAAAGUGGAGCCUGUACAGCUAGUGUUCUAUUGAAGAAUGGUGAGUUACAUGUAGCAAAUGUUGGUGAUUGUAGAGUAGUUUUGAGUAGGAAAGGAAUAGCUAAUUCUCUGACAAUGGAUCAUCGUCCAAGCCGGGAAGAUGAGCGACUUCGAAUCGAGAAUGCAGGUGGUUUUGUGCAUAAUUGUAACGGUGUUUGGAGAGUUCAAGGUUCACUUGCAGUUUCUAGAGCUAUUGGAGAUUCGCAUUUGAAAGAAUGGGUCAUUUCUGAACCAGAAAUUAGAAGUCUUCCACUGACUCCAGAUUGUGAGUUCUUGAUUAUGGCUUCUGAUGGAUUGUGGGAUAAGGUAAAUGAGCAAGAGGCAGUAGACGUGGUUUCAAGAGACAACAACUCAUUAGAGUCCUGCAAAAAGCUUAUCGAGAUAUCUUCUAGCAGAGGCAACAUGGAUGAUAUUACAGUUAUGGUAAUCAAGCUUCAAAAAUUUGUGACAAACUGUCCUUAAUGGGAGGAGAUUCAUUGAGAAUUUUGAGCAAAGGAAGGAAGAUUAAGGGUGAAGAAAUUAGCGUCAAAGAAUUGAGACAAUUUGUUCAAUAAAUUAGGAGGUUAAUCUAUUAAAAUAAGCGAUAUUAUAUAUAUCUAUUUUAAAUACACAAUUGAGUACACAUUUAUGUAUAUCAUCAUAUGAUUAGAUAUUACUUUAUUCUUAAUUCAAAAUCAUCCAAUCAUAUGAUGUACAUAUUAAGUGUGUACCUAUUUAUAUACUCAAAGUGGAUAUACAUAAUUUUAUUGUAUUAGAAUUCAUAAGUUUUUCAGGUUUCCAAUGGGGUAAUUUUUGUUUUAUGUGGAGGUGUAAAUGGAAAUCAAUUCUUGCACAA